CUUGGAGCAGCGAGCGGGCGAGCGGACGGGCGGGGGCGGGGCGGCCCGUGCGGCGGCGCGGUAUGGCGGGCGGGGCUCGGGAGGUGCUCACUCUGCAGCUGGGCCAUUUUGCGGGUUUCGUGGGCGCUCACUGGUGGAACCAGCAGGAUGCUGCGCUGGGCCGAGCGGCCGACGCCGAGGAGCCACCGGGAGAGCUGUGCCCCGACGUCCUCUACCGGACGGGCCGGACGCUGCACGGCCAGGAGACCUACACGCCACGACUCAUCCUCGUGGAUCUGAAGGGUAGUCUGAACUCCCUAAAAGAGGAAGGUGGACUGUACAGAGACAAACAGCUGGAUGCUGCAAUAGCAUGGCAGGGGAAGCUCACCACACACACAGAGGAAUCCUGUCCAAAGAACCCUUAUCUCCAGGACCUUUUGAGUGCAGAGGACUGAUUAUGUGAACAGGACGGUGACUGUAGGGUGUGGCUAGCAAACCUGGGAAAGACACAUCAACCUUUGCCUCUAAACAUCUACCAGGAGCUAAAUGUUGAUUUUUCUCACCCCUCCCAGGGAGUGCUUAGCGAUGGUGUGUGGCGGGUUAAAUCCAUUCCCGACGGCAAAGGUCCCCCACCACUCACCCCAGCUGCAACUCCAAAACCACUUACGCCCUCAGAGGGCAGCAUCAGAGUGUGGUCGGACUUCCUCCGUGUCCAUCUCCAUCCCCGGAGCAUCUGUGUGAUUCAGAAGUACAACCAUGAUGGGUAUGGGGGUC